GCCAGGAGAUCAAAGGUGGAUUUGUGCUGGAAAGUUUAGCUUGGAUGGGCCCUUUGGAUUUCUCUGCUGUUCCCUUCACUGUUCUGUGGUACUGGUGGUGCUGCUCAGAGCGAGGAAACCCCACUGAAACAGCGCUGGGAUGGACAGGGGAGAAGCAGGCUGGAGUGAGAGCUGAACAAAGACCUGGAGAAAUUGAGAUUAAAUAUCUCUAAACACACACUGAGCACCUGUUGGCUGCAUCAGCACCUGCAUUGCUGCUGAAGAUGUCCAUCCUUAUUCCCGAGGCUCUGCCAUUCAGCCCAGGGAUUCCAGGCCUGCUGGAGAUCCCUGCUGGAUGGGAGAACAUCUCCCCUCAGCCUGCGCCGGCCCUGAGGGAGGACGGGGCGCGGAGCCCUUUUCCCGCCACUGCGCCGGCGCCAUUUUGUCUCCUUCGGGAACUGAGGGUUUGUGAGGGGCUUGAGGGGCUGAAGAGCUCAGGAGGAGGUUGAAGGGUGUUCCAGUGCUGGUUCCUUUGACACGACCCAGCUGCUGUGAGGUACAGCAGUUUCAGAUAAAGAAUGGCUCAUUCUCGUUCAGCACGGGACUUUGUUGCACUUUCAGAUCUGCAUCCAAACCUCGCUCGUCCUAAUGUAAUCGGGGUGGUUAUUGGGAAAACAGAUGUCAGAAGCUUUCCAGACCGAAAAAACAUUGGCACUGAAAGAUACACCUUCAAUUUUACCAUUCGUGAUUCCCCAACCUGUUUCAUUAAUGUCCAGUCGUGGGGCAGAGAAGAAUACAUCAGAUCCCUCUCAGAAAGCUUCAGGGUUGGUGACUGUGUUACAAUUGAAAAUCCUUUAAUUCAGUCAAAGGAAGCAGAAAGAGAAGAAAAAUUCAACCCUGUAACUCCUAGUGGCUACAAAUUAUUGCUCAGUGAAAACCACUCUGUGGUUAAAACCUCUUCCUGCUACGACACAGACACCAGGCUCCUGGCUCUGCUGCACCUGCCUGUCAAGGACCCUCAGGAUUAUUAUUCCCUGGGGGACAUCGUGGCAAAUGGACAAAGCCUCCAUGGGAGAGUCCUCAACGUGCUGGCAGCUGUGAUGGCAGUUGGGGAGCCAAAAUAUUUCAUGACUUCAGACAAAAGGAAAGGCCAGAGGUGUGAAGUCAAGCUGUAUGAUGAAACAGAGAGGUCUUUCCCAAUAGUAUGCUGGGAUAAUGAAUCCAUCCAGCUGGCACAGAGUUGGGUCCCCCAAGAAACAGUUAUAUUUGCAUCAGAUGUCAGAAUCAAUUUUGACAAAUUUAGGAACUGCAUGACUGCAACUGUGAUAUCCAAAACCAUCAUUACAACUAACCCAGAAACAGCAGAAGCAAAUGUUCUCUUCAGCUUCAUCAAAGAGAGCGCCCAGGCAGGAGCUCUGCCCAGCCCAGUGAAGGAGCUGGCAAAUGAAACCAUUAACUUGGAGGCUGUAGUGGAUGUCUACACAGUGGAACAGCUGAAAGAAAAAGCUCUGCAGAGUGAUGGGAAGCUGGAACCUCUCCAUGGAAUUAUUUAUGGCUACAUUUCCACCCUGGACAUUGAUGAGAACGUGUCCAGAGUCCUGCGCAACAGAUGCUCAAUCUGCCGGUUCAUCGUGAAUGAAGCAUCAAACACCUGCACCUUCUGCAGUGAUGUCUCUCCAGAGGCCAAGUCCACCUUUGCCAGCUUUGACAUCCUGGUGGAUGUGACAGAUCACACGGGCACCCUGCGCUCCUGCUACCUGUCCGACUGUGUCGCUGAGGAAAGCCUGGGCUGCACAGUCCAUGAAUUCCUCAUGCUGGAAGAAAACCAGAAGACUGCACUGAAAUGGCAACUCCUCUUGGAACGAAGCAAGAUUUACUUCAAAGUUACUUUGUCACCCAAUUGGAGAACAGGAUUAAAAGUGAAUCUUCUUUCCUGCAGACUGGCAGAUCCUGUAGAGGCAAGUCAGAGCUUGUUGGGAAGAGAGUGGAAUUAUUAAUAAAUGCUAGGAAAGGCUUCCUUCACUCUGCUGUUAGAGAUGGAAUUCUGCUGUUGUUGGAUUUUGCCAAGUCUGUUCUGACUGUAAAGAAGGAGUGCCUGUUACAAUACCUCCAAGUGGGCUUCUGAGUUCAUAUUUUUGGGUGAUUGUACUUUAAAAAGUGUACUUGGGCCUCAGCUUAAAAGGUAAUUCUACCAAAUUCAACCCCUUUCAAGGGGCCUGGAAGGUUUCCUUGCUCAGCUGAGACCUUUGACAAAACCAGAAAUAACAAAUAGGUCAAAAGAGAUCUGUUAAACUUCUGUGGUUUUAAGUGCUUUGCUGCUUUUGUGUUAAAUAAAGCCCCCCUUGAAACACUGCCUGGGUUUGUCGUGCACCUCAAAGCAACGUGGCACAGAGAAAACCCCCAGAGAAACAGGAAAUCCUGACAAGCAAUCCCAGAUUUCACCCC